AACAUGAAAGUUUGAGAUUUGAUGCUUUUCAGCUUGUCCAGGCCUAAGAAGAAAGUUUGGAACAGUAGUUAACUGCCGCAAUGUGUCUAACCAUCUGCAGAAAUGUAACAUGACCUGCCUUCCUGAUAAAGCUUUGCCCAAUGGACAGACCAAUUUUGUUGAAUACACAUGUGGUGAUUCAACAGGCCACCAAUGGCUCCCAACUGAUAAAAUCCCAGAAUGCGUCCAAUUAAGUCGACCUGACUUUUUCGGGACACGAGCAACUGUGGAAUACACGCAGUCUGUUUCCGGAUCCGCCCAAACUAAUGUAAUUGCAGCAGUUGAAAAUAAUUUAUCUGGCGUUGGUUGCAAUUCUAACGAUGCGUGUACAAUUACAACAACGGUUUCCAGUGGCACCCAAAGUCGCAAAAGAAGAGCAUCAUCCACAACAUUAUCGGUGCAAUUCUCUAUCCAACUGACCGAUACAGGCAGUUUAGACAUAGCUGGUUAUCUUUCUAACGGCACAGAAACAUCUGCUAUGACUGAGUUGCUUGAGGCUCUCACUUCAAUAAACGAAGUUAUUGAAUUUAUGCAAAACAACACAGCAUCAGUAUUUCAAGUUACGGUCGACGGUGUUGAGUAUACACUAGAAAAUACUUCAGUAGAUUUUGUAGGCACUGUUGCAUGUCCGAACGGAUAUGCUGGUGCAGAUGGACUGUGUGCACAGUGCCCUGUGGGAACCUACCUUGUUGACUUCAAAUGUAUAAACUGCGAAGUAGGAACCUACCAACCGUUGGUUGGUCAGACUGAAUGCAUAUCUUGUCCAUCAGGAUAUACCACGUCAACAUAUGGUUCUUCGGAUAUAUCUGAAUGUUCUGUGAAAAAAGCAGAUGAAGGUGAUUCUCGUGAUGAUGAUGACGAUAAUGACGAUGAUGAAGGCAAAAAGGACAGCAACAUAACUGUUAUCAUUGUUGCCGUUGUCUGUGUAGUUGUUUUUGUACCAUCCGUUACUGCUGGCGGUUUUUGUUUGUGGAAAAACGCUAAAAGACGACGAUUCCGACAGAAUAAGAAUAGAGGAAGCUUUGCCAGCCUCAGUAUGGUUCGCUCAUCAUCCAGUCUUUCAGCUGCCGGGGUCAACUGUCGGACGAAAUUCAACGCGAAAGAAGCCUUUUCGGUCGAACCCAACAACUAUGUUGAAACUCCAAUGGAGAAAGGUGGUUUUAAUGACAGACCACCGCCGUAUGAUAGUCAUGACUUUAAAUGAUUGAGUUGAAGAUUGACCAUUAAAAUAAAAUUUGAAUUUUUAACAUAUACUAGUAAUAACACUUGUAAUGGUUUGCUAAUUAACAAAACGGAAUUUAAAGAAGCUUGUAAUGUAAUAUGCCAUUUAAAUUCGUUUAAAGAAUACACCAAGAACGGUUCUUUUCUUCCGUUUCCAGUAUUAUUUGUGAAACUUGUAGAACAUAUUGUGAAUGACUUCUUAUGAAAAAGAGUAACUAUGUUUAUUCGAUUGAUUUCUAUGAUAGUUUUCAGUAACAUGAAUGCUUGUUUUGUUAUUUACUUAUUUAUCUGUUUUACUUUUACAGUCUGUUUUACUGUGCUUUUUAUUGUUUUUUUAUUUUUCUCUUUGAAAAUAGAGGGACCGAAUGUUUGUGAGAAUAUACAAUAAAAUCACUGUUUUUACUAAGACAUGUGACGUAUCAAUUAAAAAUGUGACAUACUGACAUGAAGUCGGAAAGAAAUCAGGCAAAAUUAUAUACAAUAUAUAAAAAUCAAGCUGUAGGCAUAAUUUUAGAUUCAGACAGUCUUUUGAGGUCAUCCUAAGUUUUUGACCUCAGCCACUCUUUAAACAUAUUUUUAAGGAAGUUUUGUAUUUCUAAACAUUUGUUUGGAACAUCAUUUUUUAUAAAAAAAAUAUCAAUUGAUGUAAACAGUUUUGUAAAAUUGAUUUUAUUUGUUUAUUUGUUGAUCCAAUGCUAACCCUUCC